AUGGAUGCCGAAGCCCAGCCCAGCACCUCAGCUGCAGGACAGGACGCUGCAAACUUGACCCAGAAGAAACAGAGCAGCGUCGUGGGCUGCAGAGUCUCUCAUGACUGGAAGGAAGGAGAUGGGCCCAUAACCAAAUGGACUGGAACAAUUCUGGAUCAAGUACCUGCAAAACCCUCUCUCUAUCUGUUAAAAUAUGAUGGAGUUGAUUGUGUCUAUGCGCUAGAACUUUACCUAGAUGAGCGGGUUCAGUCACUUUGCAUUCUUCCUAACACCGUGGCAUCAUUCGAAGCCACUGAUGCCAGCCUUGCUGAUACCAUCAUUGGCAAAGCAGUGGAACACAUGUUUGAGAAUGAGCAUGGCUCUAAAGAUAAGUGGAGGGGAAUGAUUCUGGCUGAGGCACCUAUCUCCGGGAAUUGGUUUUACACCACCUAUGAGAAAGACCCGGUCCUGUAUAUGUAUCAGCUUUUGGAUGAUUAUAAAGAUGGGGACCUCCGUGUCUUGCCAGAGCACAGCCAGCCUCCCCGAUCAGAGGUAGAUCUAGAGGUUGCGGGUGGCCUGAUAGGCAAACUUGUGGAAUUCGCUGAAGAAGAUGGGUCCAAGAGAGAUGGCAUUGUCAUUGGCCAGGUUGAAAACAACUCCUCUGUAUAUUUUGUCAAAUUUGACAAUGAUUUCCUCAUCUACGUUUACGAUUUUGUGGGGAAUGCAUAA